GUGUGUGUACUAACAAUGAGUCUCCCGGGCAACCAGUCGACCAGCCCGAACCAAGAAAACCCUAAACAAAAAUCGAAUAAAACCAAGAAAGAGUCCAAAUGUGCCAAGGAGAAGAGCUCCACUGAGAUGGACUCGAAACCCACUGCCAGUUACUUCAGUCUCAGCAUCACGGGCCAAAUAGUUUCCGCCACAUUUCCACUUGGCCCCGACAAGGAGUUUGUCUUCCUGCGCUACGAACUGGUGGCCGGCCCCGACUGGCAACUGGCCUCUGGGCCGCAGCAUGGACUCACGCAGCUGGCCACGAACAAGAGUGGACACUUCAACGAACCGAUUGUCUUCAAUAUGCCCAUCGAGGUGACCUACAAGAGCACCAGCCCCUUUGGCUGGCCGCAGCUGCUGGUGAGCGUGUUUGGACGCAGUGGCAUGGGCCGCGAGUCCCUGCUGGGCUAUGCCAACAUUCAUCUUCCAGUGUUUGGCAGUCGUCCAACCACUGACCAGAACACCAUACUGGAAGCGCCCAUCCUUAUGCCCAAGUGCCCAAAUAUGAUUGCAGAUGUAACCAGUUGGCUGCUGCGUCGGGAGCCGGAACUGAAGGACCCCAAGGUGCUGCUGAACAGCAUGAAGUGCAAAGGACUUUCCAUGGAGUCCUACGGCAGCCUGGAGUUUCAGCUGCACACGAUCAUGAGAGGAGCCCGCAAACUGGGCUACAAUUGGCAUGCCUGAGGCAGGUGGCAGACCCUGGUUGUGUGUCAAUAAAACGUGAACUUAUCGAA